AUGGACCCGUCGGAUGAUAAUCAUGCCCGACACCCCGAGGUCCGCUACCUCAUGCAAACGCCCUGGUGCGCCCAGCACCUAGCGUCGACGGGCGCGGACGACGAGUCGACGACGCCGCCCGUGGUCCGGGUGCACGCCAACAGGACCGUGCUGCCGACGCAGGAGAACCAGUUCGUCGGCGGCACGCUCAACAGCCCCGCGACCAUCGCGGCGUGGGUCAACGUCUACGCGCGGCCGCAGCGGCGCCUCGGCUUCCGCAUCCGCCAGUUCGUCUCGCUGAUCGCGCUGCGCGACGGCAUGAUUGGCUUCCCCGGCGCGCUGCACGGCGGCGCCGCGUCGCUGCUCGUCGACGAGGUCACGGGCAUGCACAUUGCGUCGCAGCGGGACCCCGACCGGCCCUUGAACAAGGACUUUCGCACCGCCUACCUCAAGACUGAAUAUUUGAAGCCCAUCCCGGUGCCGGGGGCGGUACUGGUCCGGUCGGAGAUUGAGAGGGUGGAUGGGAGGAAGCACUGGGUCAAGGCCACGAUCGAGGACGGGAGCGGCCAGGUGCUGGCCAGGGGUGAGGUUUUGUAUGUAGCUCUCAAGGAAAAGGCGAAACUGUAG